GCCAUAGUGUACUGCGCUGCUUUAAUACAAGGCCGGGAGAGGCCAUUACUGUUAUUAGUAGUGGCCGUCAGGAAGCACAGCAAGUUGUUCAAGGCAGUGGGGGACAAGGGCCGCCGCCGUCGUACUCGUGGAACUUGCUUGUUCGCCACCCGGCCCUUCUACCGCCGCAGCCGAUCGAUGGCCGAGUCCGCCGCCAAGCGGCCUCCAACGCCGGCGCCGGCCUCCGGCGGUAUGGCGUGGAAGCUCUCUUUAGCUCUGUUUGUGUUCCUGGCGGCGUUGCUGUACAGGCAGAUUCAGCCUCCGGCUCCGAAAAUCGUUGGCUCGCCGGGCGGCCCCCCGGUUACAGCAUCACGAACAAAGCUCAAAGACGGCAGGCAUUUGGCAUACCUGGAAUCUGGCGUCCCAAAGGAGAAGGCCAAGUACAAGAUCAUUUUUGUCCAUGGAUUCGACUCGUGCAGAUACGACGUGCUUCAAGUCUCCCCGGAGCUGGCACAAGAGCUGGGCGUCUACCUGCUGUCCUUCGACCGGCCUGGGUACGGUGAGAGCGACCCUGACCCGGCACCGUCUGAGAAGAGCAUCGCCCUCGACAUCGAGGAGCUCGCCGACAACCUGCAGCUGGGCCCCAAAUUCCACCUCGUCGGCUUCUCCAUGGGCGGCGAAAUCAUGUGGAGCUGCCUCAAGUACAUCCCGCACAGGCUCUCCGGGGUGGCCGUUCUCGGCCCGGUGGGCAACUAUUGGUGGUCCGGUUUGCCGUCGAACGUGUCACGGGACGCCUGGUACGAGCAGCUCCCACGGGACCAAUGGGCGGUCUGGGUCUCGCGUCAUCUGCCAUGGCUGACCUACUGGUGGAACACCCAGAAGCUCUUCCCGGCCUCCAGCGUCAUCGCCUACAACCCUGCACUCCUCUCCCAGGAAGACGCGAAGCUCAUGAAGAAGUUUGGAAUGCGAACCUACAUGCCGAUGAUAAGGCAGCAGGGGGAGCACUACUGCCUGCACCGCGACAUGAUGGUCGGGUUCGGGAAGUGGGGUUGGAGCCCCCUGGACCUCAAGGACCCGUUCGCCGGCGGCCAAGGCAAGGUGCACCUGUGGCACGGCGCGGAGGAUCACAUCGUGCCGGUCAUCUUGUCCAGGUACAUCAGCGAGAGGCUCCCGUGGGUGGUCUACCACGAGCUCCCAAAGUCCGGGCACCUCUUCCCCAUUGCACAGGAGAUGGCCGACGCCAUCGUCAAGUCCCUGCUGGUUGGGGAGCACUGACCUUCCACUCCCCAUCAUCUAUCUCUAGUUCUCUGCGUAUGGUUCUUGUGCAGGUGCUUGCCGCGCCGUGUGGUUAGCUCCUCGUCACGGGCACCGAAUAAAAGUGUUUCUUUCGGUCUGGAACACAUGUAUAGAUCGUGCAGAAAACAGUGUCUCCCAUUGGGAGCAUGUAUUGUAUCCGGUCCCGGGUCAGGGUCGCUGGGCAGGGCAGCUGGCCUCGUAACGGACUCGUGACCCGGGGGCCGUGAAUGAGGCAGACGGCCGGGCAUGCUGCCGAUCCGCCGGCGACUUGGACCACAGGAGGUUUUGGAGCCAUGCUCUUUCGGGGGAGCCAAUGAAAUAACAAGCCGAGAAGGGCAUCUUGCACCA